AGUAGGCGGUGGCUUUGCGAGAAUGAAACACAUCGCGAUACGUUCUAUGAUUGUUACUGUGAUUCUGUGUUCCAUGUGCUUGAGGCUCAUCUCUGUUGACUGCAAAACUACUUGACAGGAGCUGAAUUCAGUCAUGAGUGAAGGAGAAGUCUUCAAAUGUUUCAGAGAAGAUUUUGACGAUACCGAAGAAAAUUCAAUAGUAGAAGCUGUUUUCAUAGAACCGGGUGUUUAUUACCCCAAAAAUAGACCACAACACGUUCAAAAAGCACGUUCACGAUCAAACAAAGAAACUAGAAGAUUCGUCUUCAAAAACGGAGAUUUUAACAUCUAUAAAGGCAAGACAAACCACCAGGGCUUCUUCUCAAGAUGGUUUGUCACCAUGGUCGAAGCUCGAUGGAGGUGGACUCUUGUCCACUUCUUUUUAGCUUUCACCGGAGACUGGCUAUUCUUCGGCUUUAUCUACUGGCUCAUUGCCUUGACUCAUGGCGACCUGACUGAGGACCAUCUCCCUCCAUACCAGAACGAAACAGACUGGACACCCUGUGUCAAGAAUAUCUACGGAUUCACCUCCACUUUUCUUUUCAGCAUUGAGGUUCACACCACAGUUGCGUACGGCAAACGUGCCAUUACUUUAGAAUGUCCCCAAACUAUUACAGCUAUGUGCUUACAGUGCAUGGUCUGCUCAAUCUUUCAAGCUUUUAUGGUUGGGAUACUCUUCGCAAAAUUAACAAGACCCAAAGGAAGGACCCAAACGAUUUUAUAUAGCAGACAAGCUGUUAUCACAUUGAGAGAUGGCCAGUUAUGCAUGAUUUUUAGAGUCGGAGAUAUGAGGAAAUCUAGAAUAUUAAAUAUCAAAGCUUCAGUAUUUGUUUUAAAACUUGGUGAUGAUUAUGAUGAGAAUUAUGAACAAACAGAAUUGGAAGUUGAAAUUAAUGGUUGUGAAUCAACAUUUUUCCUAUGGCCUGUUUCUGUAAUCCAUGUAAUAGAUGAAAAGAGUCCUCUAUAUAGUAUUUCUGCUGCAGAUUUGUUGGUCGGAAAAUUUGAAAUUUUAGCAGUAUUCGAGGGUGUUAUUGAAUCUACUGGGCAGCUAGUUCAAGCUCGAACAAGUUAUACAGAACAUGACAUAUUAUGGGGUCAUAGAUUCAAAGAAAUGGUUCACAGUGACAGAACGAAAAAGACUUAUAAUGUGGACUUUUCGAAAUUGUGUGAAACGGAAAGGAUUGAUACGCCAUUGUGUUCAGCUAGUGAGUUUAAGUCUAUGCUGUCAUUAUUUGAUUUGGAUAGAUGACUUACUACUUCUUCUGUUAUUUUACUAGUCAUUAAAUAUGAUGAUCGAGGCAUGA